AUGGCACCCCGUGCUCUGCCUCUGCUCCUCCUCGUCCUGGCCGUCGCCGCCGUGUCGGCAGCACCCAUCGUCCGCGCGAGCGCCGAGGACGGCGAGGUCGGCACGAGGAGGCGGCUGCUGCAGGUCGCCGGCAGCAACAGCACCGACACCAACGGCACGGCGGGGUACAUCAGCUACGGCGCGCUGUUCGCCGACACGGUGCCGUGCCCCUACUCCGGCGCGUCCUACUACAACUGCCGCCCCAGCGCGGAGGCCAACCCCUACGAGCGCGGCUGCUCCGCCAUCACGCAGUGCCGCGACUGA